AAUGGUAACWUAAUUUAGUCAAGGGAAAAGUCUGAUUCAUAUCUGACUUAGUGAUGCGCGCCACAAACAUGGAGUUAUAUAGAACAUUCAUUUAACACCACAAAAUACAAGUCUUUAUUUUAUUCCAAAACGUUAUCUGAUCUGAUUAGGCUGACUCUUAAAUCGUGUUCAAGUUACACGGCCCUUAAUGACAGCAAACAAAGGAGGGAACAAAGUCCAGCUGGACACACAGUAAAGCAAAUGAGGUGAAUGCCCGCGGCUCAGAGAGCAGCUCGUAACACACAGGAACACCCAGCAGAARGGGACGAGGUGUUUGUCAGGGACGAUGAAUGCUUGAUGCUUGAUGAUAGGAUGAAAUAUGACUUUAGGAGGAAUUACAAAUGUUUAGGCAGAUGGAGGACAGGAUGGUUGGUCUCAGCGGCGAUGAGUCUGUCGUCCAAUCACGCUCUGAAGCCCCUGAUUCCCACCUUCUGCCUGGUGGCCGUGAUGAUUUAUGGCCAAGCUGAUAAACUCAGAAACUUUGUGGCAGACAUCUUUAUCCCACAGUAUCGCUACCCGUACCCUGUGGCUCUCUGCUUCUCCCAGGUCCUGGUUUCCCUCGUGUUUCUAAAUCUCCUCCACGCCCUGGGCCUGGUGCCGCUCAAACCUUACUCCCGGCYUCUGGGUGAGAGGCUGCUGCUGCCUGCCAUCUGUAACGGUGUGCAGGCCGUGCUGGUUCUGUGGGUCAAAGGCAGCAGCUCGUGCGCCGGCCUCUUCCUCUUCACCGUUCCCCUGCUGCCCCUGCUAACCGUGGGCUUUAGCUUCGCCCUGAGGCUGGCGUCCCCACCGUCGACCCACUCCGUCGUUCUGGUUUCCRUGCUGAGCUUGAUGUUUGUCGUUAUCACAGCAUCCAAGGAAGUACCAUGUAUUGAGCCUUUGGAGUAUUUGUACGCACCCCUAGCUUUAAUCCUCCAGGGUAUUUCUCUGAUUGCUUUGGCCAAAGUGUCUGAAGCUGAGCGGCAUCAAGCUCCUGAAGCCCAAGCCUCCGCUUUUGACAUCUACCACAGCCAGCUGGUCAACCAGAUUGGGGUGCUGGGCCUCUUGUGGCUGCUGCACCCGGACAAUCCCUGGCAGGUGCUGAGGCUGAGCAGCUGGAGGAACCUGCUCUUCCACGGAUACCUGCUGGCCAUUCUCCUGCUGGGGAUGGUGCUCAACUUUCUGGUCUGCGUUUCGGCUCUUUGCGUGUCACCGCUCGCCGCCGCGCUGCUUUACUCGGCCAGACACGUAGUUCAGCCRUUCCUGCAGCUCCUGUAGUUUGGGGGAUUGUUUUGGGUGGGGAGUUCUCACAAAGUUUGCACACUUGUGUCUUAAGCUCUCCACCACUGGGUUGAAAACUAAAAAAAAAAAA